GGCGGCGGUAGGUGGCGCAGUCGCUGGGGGUCCUGGCCGCCAAUGGACCCGCAAUGCUUCGCUGGCUGCGGGGCUUCGUGCCGCCCGUGGCGGCCUGUCAGAGUGAGGAUGAUUACUUCCUCUACCAGAUCCUCUUCGAAGACUUGGACCCCAGCGAGGACGGCGUGGUGGAUAUCAAGGAGCUCAAGGAGGGGCUGGAAUACUGGAGCUCCUCCUUUGGCAAGGAGUCGGAGAAGGAUAUUCUUAAGGCAGGAGAUGCCAAUCAGGAUUCAGGAUUGGACUUUGAAGAAUUUGUGUGGUACCUUGAAGACCAUGAGAAAAAAAUGAAGCUGGCAUUUAAGAGUCUGGACAAAAAUAAUGAUGGUGUGUGUUUGCUUCCUUCACAGUUAGCUUAAUGUGAAUAAGUGUCAAUACUAGAGGGCACCUUCGGUAGCCUUUAAUUUAUCCGUGCUAUCAAAGAUUCCAUUAUUUC